GAGAGAGAGAGAGAGAGGGAGGGAGAAUAGAAAAGAUCAGAAGAGAAGAAACAGAAAAAUAAGCAGCUGAUGACUUUGAAAGCAUCUGCUUUAUUUUCUUGUAUAAUCUAGAGGAAGCAGAAGGGUGUUGUAGUUGCUGAAAUGGAGUCUGAUAUGAUGAGUGAGAAGCUAUUGGAAAACUCAGAAGAAGAGGAAGUGAAGUUAGGGGAGAAGAUAUGGUGUGAGAUGAAGAAGAUGUCGGUUGUGGCUCUUCCUGCAAUAUUUAAUAGGUUCUCAACAUUUGGGAUUAGUGUCAUCAGCCAGGCAUUCAUUGGCCACAUUGACCCUAUAGAUCUUGCUGCCUAUGCUUUAGUACAAACCGUGCUGUUAAGGUUCUGCAAUGGAGUUCUGUUGGGCAUGGCAAGUGGACUGGAGACUCUACUGGGGCAAGCUUUUGGUGCAAGACAGUAUCACAUGAUGGGCAUAUACCUUCAGAGAGCAUGGAUUAUCUUGACUGCAACCACUACAUUACUGUUACCUCUGUUCUUCUUCACUCCUCCAAUAUUUAAAGCAUUGGGUCAGGAAGAAGAAAUUGCGCGGGUUGCAGGGAUCAUUUCUAAAUGGUUGAUACCCGUGGUGUAUGGCUUCGUUGUAUCGUUUACCUGCCAAAUGUACCUACAAGCGCAGAGCAAGAACAUUAUUAUCGCGUAUUUGGCCGCAGCUACACUGGCCAUUCAUGUAUUCCUGUCCUGGCUCUUGACAAUGAAGUUGGAGUUUGGACUUGCUGGAGCCAUGAUUUCUACUAUAUUGGCUUUCUGGAUUCCUAAUUUUGGUCAGCUUUUAUUUGUUAUGUGUGGAGGAUGUAAAGAAACAUGGACAGGUUUUUCAUUCAUGGCCUUCAAGGAUCUCUUGCCAGUAAUCAAGCUUUCCUUUUCAGCUGGUGCCAUGGUCUGUCUUGAACUGUGGUACAAUUCCAUACUGAUUCUUCUGACAGGAAACUUAGAAAAUGCUGAGGUUCAAAUUGAUGCUCUUUCUAUAUGCCUCAACAUCAGUGGCUGGGAAAUGAUGAUAUCUCUUGGUUUCAUGGCUGGAGCAUGUGUUCGGGUUUCAAACGAGCUGGGAAAGGGGAGUGCAAAGGACGCGAGGUUCUCCAUCAACGUGGUUGUGCUGACAUCCUUUGCAAUCGGAGUUGUGCUAUUCUUGUUUUUCCUGUUCCUGCGUGGGAACCUGGCUUAUCUCUUCACAGACAGUCAAGAUGUGGUCGAGGCAGUUGAUCAACUGUCACCUCUAUUGGCAUUUUCUAUACUUCUGAACAGUGUUCAACCAGUUCUUUCUGGUGUUGCUAUUGGGGCUGGUUGGCAGAGUACAGUGGCAUAUGUUAACCUGGGAUGCUAUUACUUAAUAGGAAUCCCAGUUGGUGUCGUUCUUGGUUAUGUCAUCAAACUGCAGGUUACGGGUGUGUGGAUAGGAAUGCUGUUUGGUACGUUUGUACAAACCAUUGUUUUGCUUGUAAUCACUUUCAGAACCGAUUGGGACAAACAGGUUGCAGAUGCUCAAAAGCGUGUCCGAAAUUGGGUGGUAGAACCUGAACCUGGAGAUGCAAAUUAAACGCCUAGGAUAGGUAUAGAAUGCUUAAUAUGUAUCCAAGACUAUCUGCAUUUACAUUAACAUGUUACGUUAUUGUAUGGUUUUUGUUGAGUUUACACCCAUAGAACAGGGUCUAAAAUAACAUUCAUAUUAUGUGUCUAUAGUUAAUGGAUUAUGUCUGUAAAUAAAUUGAA